CGUAUUACCCGCCUGACCUCUUCCUUUUCCGCCUGCAGUGUCCUUGUCCUUUCUCGUAAGUCUCAGGGUUGUACGUGAGGUGCGGAAUAUCAGUGAUAACCAUGUUGCGGAAUUUACUGGCCCUUCGUCAUGUUUCUCAGCGGACCAUAAGCAGCACUUCCCAGAGGUCUCUACAGAAUAAAGUUGCAGAUAAGCAGAAGCUGUUUCAGGAGGAUAAUGGCGUUCCAGUUUAUUUAAAAGGUGGAGUUGGAGAUGCAUUGCUUUACAGAUUGACCAUGGCAUUAACUGUUCUUGGAACAGGAUAUGCCGUGUAUCAGCUCUUCGAUGCUGCAAUGCCCAAGAAGAAAAAAUGAUUCCUCCUCCUAAUCAGAUUUUGUGUCCAGUCUAACGAAUCAGGGAUUGGUUUUGUCCUUGUCCUGUAAAGCUGGGAUCAUUUUAGGGAACAAUAUUUAUUAAAAUGUGUUGUAUAAACUGCAACUAAUAAAGCAGUUUUACAUUA